CAAAUUAAUUGACACCGGUCGGAGAUAGAAAUCAGUGAGAAGGUCAAGGAUAAUUAAAGAAAAAAAACGCGGUUGGAAUUGGCUACCCUAGGAGAGCUGCAAAACAGCAAAAUCCCGCCCGCAGGGGAUCGUGAACAUAAAGAGGCUCAGGUGGAAGUGGUCCAGUCCAGGUCAACGCUCGGCGUCAGUAGGCCGUAUCAGAGCCCUCAACAAGGAGGGUGGGUGCAGUGGUGCAGUGGUUGCAGGAGGGCCAGGGAGGUUGGGGUGGCCUCGUCCACAGGCGCCUUGGCACCAAGUGCACCGGGCCCCGGGGCUGCGGUGGUGGGCUGCCUUGUUGGGGUGUACCCGUGUUCUCCCUCCUCCACGGGGCCCAGGGGCCCCUUAACUCAUCACCUCCAGGCUAUACCGAGUCAGCAACAACCGAUUGGUUGCCGUGCCUGUUGCUGCGUGCAUAGCGAUCACCAGCCAGCUUCGGUCCAGCUUACCAGUCAGCGGGGCGGUCUAUCGCUGAGGGUAGCGAGGGUGGCGUCCACCACCUCCGUCCGAGCCGCCCCCUACGCCCACCCCCAGCACCAGGGGCUGGGGCAGGAGUGCAGGUAAUAGUAAAUUACUAAACAUACAUUAGUAGCUUCACUUCGACACAUAUAGUACUAACUCUACUACUACUACUACUACUACCAAUACCACUACCACUACUUCUAACCUCUACUACUACUACUACUACCGCUACAUCUGCUUCUACUCUGCUCGUCGUCGUCGUGUCGGCAGUGUUUAGUCAAUAUCAAAAGUAUACAAUAUACAAAAUAAAGAGUAUUACGUAGUAGUUCACGUCGAAGUAAGAAACACGAUUGAUGGAUUAAAAGAAAAGAGUUAUCGAAAGCCCAAAAACCCACGAAAAAGGUGUAGGGAGGAGACGGGGGCAUUGGGUGGAGGUGGUGCGCACAUCCUCGGCAGCCCGAUGCUGUUCGUCCCGUUCACGGUGCCCACCUUCCCCGCGACGCAUCACCAGACGACCCACCCUGCGCAUCAGACGCAUCAUCAACAGCUGCAGGCCACUACCCAGAAUCCGGUGCAGCAACCGCAACAACUCACCCAGCUCAAUCAGCUGAGCCACCUGAAUCACCAAGGCAUUGUGCCGGCUACCACUAACCAGCCGACCAUACACAGCACCAGUUGUUCGCCGCAGCAACAAGCGACGACACCGAAUAAGGAGAUGAAAGUUAACUGGGUGACGUCUCCGGGAAACCAACCAAAACAAGACACCAGCAAACACUACCACAUAUUUGUUGGAGAUCUGAGCCCGGAGAUCGAGACGCAGACUUUAAGGGAAGCCUUCGCUCCUUUCGGCGAAAUCUCAGAUUGCAGAGUCGUGAGAGAUCCACAGACACUCAAAUCCAAGGGUUAUGGGUUUGUUUCCUUUGUUAAAAAAGCAGAAGCGGAAAGUGCCAUCGGUGCCAUGCAUGGACAAUGGUUGGGUAGCAGGAGUAUUCGAACGAAUUGGGCGACUCGCAAACCUCCCGCGCCAAAAUCUGAAGCAAAUGCGAAGCCAUUGACAUUCGACGAAGUGUACAAUCAAAGUAGUCCAACCAACUGCACGGUAUAUUGCGGAGGACUAACCAAUGGUCUAACAGAAGAAUUAAUGCAAAAAACCUUCUCGCCUUUUGGAUCCAUCCAAGAGAUUCGUGUAUUCAAGGACAAGGGUUAUGCAUUUAUCAGGUUUUCUACCAAAGAAUCGGCGACACACGCUAUUGUGGCGGUACACAACACCGAUAUCAAUGGCCAGACGGUGAAAUGCAGCUGGGGCAAGGAGAGCGGAGAUCCAAACAAUGCUCAACAAACUGGACAGGCGUUAUCGUCGGCGACGUACCCAUACUACGCGGCGGCAGCAGCUGCCGCCGCGGCGGCGGCGGGUGUCGCGGGCGUCGGAGGCGUCGGUGGCGUCGGCGGUGCUGGACAGCUCGGAUACUGGUAUCCGCCCCAAUCUUAUCCAACGACAGCGACGCAGAUGCAGGCCGGUGGUUUUCUUCAAGGAAUGCAAGGAUACACUUACGGACAAUUCGCUGGGUAUCAACAGGCGCAAUAUAUGGGAAUGGGAAUGGGCGUUCAUGCCGCUGGCACGGCAGCAGGUUGGGGCCAGGGAUUACCGGGGGGACCACAGUUACCGCCACACCAUGCCACGACGGUCACGGCACCCCCAGGGGUGCAAGCCGCACCCCCACCACCGCCACCUCCAGCGCAAAUGAUGGCUUACCCGAUGCAACAGUUCCAGGCACAGUGAUCGCUACCACUAUCAUCGCACGGCCUGGCUUAUCCUUACUUUCAAAUAUCACUUUGCAUCAAGAAUACUGCAUCUACGACCGGGCUCAACCUCGAAAUCGACCCGAAAAAUGUCGCCGGAGAACGCAUUUAUAGAAUGGUUGUCGUCGUUGAGCAUAAAAUGCCAAUUAAAUGGGACAGACUCAAGAAACAAAAGCGAAAAAUACCCAACGAGAAACUUUCAUUGAGCCGAUAACCGUUAAUCCAUCAAAAGAAACGAAACAAAAUAUUCGAACACAAUGAUUCAAAUAAUUACAAGACGUGUUACACCUCACUGAUACAAUUCCUCCCCGUUAUGCAACACAAUUCUUAGGGCAAGUAUCUCUUUGAUUGCUUUUAAAUUGUUAAAAGCAAUUGAGGUUGAGUCACGGUAAAGGUAGAUUCAGAUCGAAUCAGUGUGUGUAUCUGUGUAUGUUUGUGAAGUGUGAAAUGAAAGGGGUUGUAUGAAAGAAGGAACAAAAGAAAAAUCAAAAUUGGUGCAAAACUAAUUGCGGUUGUUGUUAUUUUAAUCCUUGAAUGGCAGACUAAGUCCUAAAAUUAAUUAUAAAUCUCUUUUUCUUUUCUAAGUGUUUCGUGGAUCUGGAUCAUAAUUGACCUUGAUAUUGCUGUGCAAGGGUUAAAUUUUGAUAUUUACUUAAAAUAUUCUGAGUGAUAGGAAAAUAAAUGUUUUGAAAAUGAUUAUAGUUGCCAAGUGCAAUCAAUGCACAAAAAUGCAUAAAUCUAACUCAGCAAUCAAUAUUUAAUUUUUUCCUCUGCCAUAUUAAACGUAUAGCACAAAUAUUUAAAAUAUUACCACAAUAAUAUACAAAAGAUGGCAAUUUUCAAAAAUAUUAAUUACAAACCUCAAUUAGUUUUGUAUUAACAUAAUAAUUAUUCAAAGAAUUCGAGGCAAUUGCGUGUCAGAGAACGAGUGAAAGGAUUGAAACUAGUUGUCGAGAAAUAUUUCUAUUACUUUCUUGAAAUUCGGACCAAGACUUUAACCAGCAUUUGUGUGUUCAAAUGGUAAAGUGUGUUCUUGGUUGCGGUCCAGCUAGCGGAUGAGGACUGGCUGACGCCUA